AUGACCGUGAAGAACCUAACGAUUUUGGAGUGGCUAUCACUGGCUAGGCCGCCUGGAAUCAUCUUGCACCACUUGAUUUGCAUAAUCUACGUUUCGAGGAGAAAGACGGUUUCUCCGAUUGUGAAAGUUGUUUUGGUAAUCUUCCUCCUUGAUCUCGGCAACCUAAUCCCCGGGACCAUCCACAAUCUGAUGGCCGAAUUCAACGAGCAGGAGAUGUUUCCUCCCUUUCUGGUCAGCGUCUGUGUUUUCACGCAAAGCUUAAGAUGGUACGGAAUUAUGGUGCUUGUUUGCUAUAUCGCCUUCCUGCACCUGUGGUCCAUCUACGAUAUCACACGAUUUCGACGGAUACCGGCGAAGACUUUCAACUUGAGCCUGACCGCUUUGAUGUUGCUUUCGACAGCCCAGGCCUAUCCACGACGCGACACGUUGCGCGGUCGAUCCAAUCCGCAU